GUACUGGCGGGUGCUCUCGGUGUGCUCGGCUGUCGCUGUGUGGCAAAGAACAAAAACGGUGCUGGUUCACUACGCGCUUUCCUCUCGGAGCAUUCGUUCGCUGGCGGUGGAAGUGCGCUGUCGCGUGUUUUUCGUUUUGUUCGUGUGCGGUGGUGAGCUGUGCUGUGUGCUUCUGUGUGGCGGCUGGUUUGUAUUUCCGAAUCCGUUAAUCUCGUCGGCGGGAGCCCUUUUUCCGGCCGGAAGCAAUACGAAACACACGCGCACACUUACACGCAACUCACAACAAACACACACGCAUACCCAGCAGCAGCACGGCGGCACAGCGGCCGAAUCCUUGAAUUGUGUGUCUGUGUAUGUGUGUGUCUGUGUGUGUGUGUGCAAGUGUGCCUGUGUCCGUGGUCCUUGCGAGAAGGAGAAGACGUGUUUGUAAGUGUGGUGUGCACGUGCAGCAUAAGUGGGUGUUGGUGUUGGUAGGUGUAGGUGAAGCGGAAACAAGUGCGUGAGUGCAAGUGUUGUACGCCCAACCGCGCCGCAUAAGGGAGCGAUAGAAGAGGCGUCCCCAUCGUCAUAUCCCCCAUUAACCGGCGUCAUCAUCCUCAUCGCGUCAUUAUUGUUGGCCCGCGGUCGCCCUUUGAUCGUCGCCCAAGUGGUCGCCCAGCCCGCCUUCCCGAGGAAAGAAGAAGUGCGUGCGUGUAUUUUGAGUGCAUUUUUGUUGUGUUGGCCGUCGGUUUAGUUGGUCGUCGUGCAGCUUCUCUCCCCCCACACAAUCGUCAUUCUGUGUCUCUUCAAAUUUGCAGGCAAGGCCAGGCUAGUUGCAGUGAUAUACAAGAGCGAAGCAAAAGUGUGCAUCUUGGUGAUGAAGUGAAAGCCCUGCGGGAGCAUUAUAUCUAUCGCGGUUCUAAUAAUUAGCGUGCGCGCGCGCGUGUGUGUGGGUGUAUUGUGUCUACACGACCACCGAAGAAGGAAAAAGGAAAGAAUAGAGCGUGUGGUGGUGUAACUGUUUUCGUUUGCGGAAACGUGCGUGAGGCUUUGAUUUUUGGGGCGUUUGACACGACCAACCCGCCACCACAACGGAAGCACCGGGCGUACGUUCGCCUCGCCUGCGCCAACGCUUGCUAGGACGACGAUCGCGUGGAGGACGACGGUAGCAGGACUCGAAGCUUCCUGCGCACGCUGAAUUGCACACGACGACUCCAACGACGAUCGCAAAUCCUUUCCAUCGAAAGGAACAGAAGCGGCGAGAACGACGAAGACGACGACGACGACGAUCCGCUGACGAUCGCCGUUGCACAAUCACAAUCUUCCAGACGCGUCGGCGGUGACCUGCUGCCUCAGCCAGCAGCAGUAGUAGUAGCAGCAGCAGCCAAGCGGAUUGGGACGCGCAUACGACGACGGCGUUAACCACCCCCUCAGCCCCACCAUAUCCCCCGCGUGCGAGCAAACCAAACGUCCGAACGACGGAAACCAGGAAGCAAAUUGAAAGCAGGAGGAUGGAUUGCAAACGGAUUUUGCGCUGCUCGGCACUAGUCGUGCUAGUUUUAGUCACCCUAGUAAAUGCACAAAGCUCAGGUGCACACAAGCGGGAUCUGAACAAUCUGUACCAAGUGAUCUAUUACGGUGACUCGCAGGUCGAGGUCGGGAAGCCGUUCUCGAUCUCGUGCAUCAUCAGCAUCGCCAACCCGGUCGAGUGGCACAAGGACGGCGAACCGAUCCGGAAGCACAGCAACAUCCGCCACGGCAAGGAUGAGCACAGCUACAUCGAGAGUGAGAUGGGCAUCGCAGGAAAUCGAGACAAAAUCGAAGCAUCGAUCAGCGUCCAGCGCGCCCUGCCGAAGCACCAGGGCCGGUAUCAGUGCAACGCGCUGUACAAAAACUACCACCAGCUGUACGUGUACCGGAACGGUACGCUGCUUGGCCAUGGUGCUGGUGCUGCUGGCGCUGCUGCCGUCGUACCGGGCCCUUCAAGGGGCCGCGACGAGAUGCAGGUGCUGUUGAGCACGGUCAAAUCGACGCUCGUAGCGCCGCUGCAGCAGCCCAUCGAGCAUCAUCACUUCACGACGGCGGUAGCGCUCGCUCCGGGACCGCCCAUCGUAGACGAGGAGCUGCCGCGGGAACACGAACGCGAUCGGGAGUCCCCGAAAGGCGGGCACAGUCCACACCAUCACAGGCAGCAGGCGGGGCAGGGCCAUCGACACCAUACAGCCAGCGGAGGUUUAGCCGGGGAGAAGCAGCCCGCCCACUCCAGCCCGGUGAUGGGCAAAGAUGACUCGAAACGGUUCGUCAGCCAAAAGACGACCACGAUCGACCAGAACGGGCUGCUGCCGGAGGAGCUGCUGGAACAGACGGAGGUGGAAGAUUUGGAUCGGGAUUUCGCUCCGGUGCUGCACAACACCGACCACCGGGGUGCUUCGCCGAUGAUGGGCAAAGGUUCAAAGAAGCAGCACUCCAGCGCCGGAAGAGUACACGUACCGGUGGAAACACGAGAAGAGGAUGAAGAUGAGCGAGAGGAGAUGAUUGGUGGCGACGAUGUGGCGGAGGCGCGCGAAGGCCUAGAUCUCGAUACCGCCGGUACCGAUGCGGAUCACGCUGAGGACCUCGUUGAACCCGAUACGGAAAUCGUUAUCGAAAGCAAGGCUAUCUCGCUCGAGGACGAGAACAUCGACCGGUUGAUCCAGAACAAGAGCGACAUCAACGGGAUCAUCUUGGUGGACAGCCUGGAGGAGCUGGCGACGCUCCGCAAGCAGCCUUCGUCCGCCCUGUUGCCCAUACUGCCAACCCGUGAGGCCAUGAUGAGCAACGGCUCGAGUGGGUUUUCCCUGGCCGUCAGUACCGUUGGGCCGAUGCUGACCGGAGCUGGUGUCGUCCAACAGCAGGGCGCCAUUUUGAAGGACGGUGGCAGUGUGAUGCUCCUCACCAGCAUCGCUCCACCACUGGAGCAGGAUAAUACAGUGCACCACAACCAUCACCAUCACCAUCACGAACAUCACGGAAGCUCGUCGUCGUCAUCGUCGACCGCAGCAAAGAUGGCAACCACUUUAACGGCCACGACUUCUACUACUACAACCACUGCUAGUACUACGACCAUCACAACUACUACCACUACGAGCACCACCACAACGGCGGCUCCGCCCACGACGACCACCAUCGCGGCUGCCGAUGUACUGCUGCCUAACUACGACCAAGCCAGCACUAGUUUAAAAAUAUUCGAUAUAGCAAAAGCAUUGACGCUCGGUUGUAACAUUACACAGGAAGGAAAUUUUGAGUUAAGUUGGGCAAAAGACGGUAAGAACGUAAGUGAGGUCGAAUCGCUAAAAGACCGCUUUAAGAUACUGGCGGCCGAACGAAAGUUCGUCAUCAGUCGGGCACUGGAAACGGAUGCCGGACAGUACACGUGUAGCGUACCACAAUUGGGUGUAUCGAAAAGUUUUAACGUAGUUGCUAAUGUUGUUGUUAAAUUUGAAAGCACAGAAAUAGGCAAAACUAACAUAGUGGAGGGCGAACGGUUGACGCUUCACUGUAUAGCUUACGGAACGGAUCCUAAAAUCACCUGGAUAGUUGGCAACAAUACUUACAACGCGUCGACAGAUCACAUCGUGCUGGAGGAGGACGAGAGGGGCGUCGAGAACGCGAAGCUUAUCAUCGAUAGCAUAAAGCUAGACGACUACGCCGACUACACCUGCGAGGCACGAAACAAUGCCACCGAGUUUACGGGCAAACCGGCACAGGUUCUGAUCACCGUUAGAGUAAGAGGAAAAUAUGCGGCACUUUACGUUUUCCUGGGUAUUAUUGUGGAAGUUGUUUUACUGUGUGCGAUUAUUUUAAUAUGCGAAAAAAGACGUAACAAGACAGAGAUCGAGGAAAGUGAUACCGACCAGAGUCCCGACCAGAGAAGGCGAAAAGCUUCCCGAAAUUACAACUAAUGAUAAGUCUAGCGCUGUAAGACGAUCGAGCUGAUCGGGAAAGGAAAAGCAGAAGAACAAAAGAUCCCUAAAAAUGAAUUGUUGACCGCGUAGAGCGAUGGAAGGGUCUCCGUUUGGAACCGAUUGCUGCCUGUUAGCGCAAGAGAGAGAGAGAAAUAUAGAGAGAGAUAGAGGGCUAAUGGGAGAGAAGGUGAAGAAAGAGUAAGUGAAAACAAGUGGUGUGCGUAUCGAUAGGCUAAAGCAGCAUCUCUACCAGCUUAAGUAAUAAGAACAAAACAACAACAAAACACUUACACACGUAUUUACUUUAAACAUUCAACUCACAAAACCAACUCUGCGGAUAGAUACCGGUACUUUUGAGAAUAGAGUAAAGGAGGUAACGAUUCCGUUGCGAUUAAACGGGAUUAAAAGGAGCAAAAGAAUCAGGCCACGUUCAGGGCGCGCGCUGCUAUAUAGAAUCGAAUUCAAAAUCUAAAUUAAAAAGAAAAAAAUACGAUGAGCAGAAAGCGCGCACACACGUCAAGUAACAGUUAUGUGGGGCGUGGGUCAAACAAAAAAAAAAAAAACAAAAAACAAAAACCAAAAGAAUAAAAUCGAUAGCUAUAAAGCAGCAGCAAUCGGAGCUGUCCGAAGGACGGUGUUGCCACGGGUGUAGCUUUAUGUUUAUUUCAGUUGCUGCUACAGAAUUUUUGUAACUGUCGCUCGCGUAUUCAGGGUUCCGCCGAUCAGUUCAAAAAUUGGUCUGUCUUUUCUCCUGUAUAAUUUGCAACUAAGCGCCGUCUUCAAUGGCGCUUUGUUUCAGACCAGCUGAUCUACUUGACCCUAAGUAACCUCGCUUAGCGACCUUUGUCGAACUUUUCCCUUAUUGGCCCUAUUUAACAGCUCAGCCAGUUGUCUCAUUUUGGGGAUAUCUGUUCGUCCUUAUCUAACUCACAACGCCAUCUGGAGUUUCUUUUACGAAUUAUUCGAGCUGUCCUUGACAGCUCGUUGUUUUGUAAAUAUUGCGGCUGCUCAUUUGCACGAGGUGCACAUCGUGCCAACAGACGGUUAAAACCCUAGACAUUAAUACGAUGCGUAGUAGUGCGUAGUGUAAUUUAUGAUGAAGAAUCUUACUAUAAAAAAACAUAAAGGAAAAGCCACGACAUCUAACAAACAACAUCAUCGGUUGAUCGCUAGCGGCGCCAUACCGCAUGGGGCGUGUUCAACUGGAAGCGAUAGCGGGGACAGGGACAGCCCCGUCGCAACACAUACAAAAACACACAACACCGACACAGGACCUCCCGUCGUAAGUGAUGGGGUGGGGGGUGUUCGAGAAGGAAUGUGUUGGAUCACCAUGCUGCCAAGAGUGUGUGAGAUAAGCGAAUCCCCGGAUGCGAACGAUGUGUAAUUAAGGACAUUCUCGACCUAGUGACAUUUGAUGAACAAUUGAACGUUUAUAUUGAAUCCCACCACAAAGCGCGAAAGAGAGAGAUAGAGAGAGAGAGAGGGAAAGAGGGAAAGAGAUGCGAUUGAAGAGUUUGUAGCCGUUACUUAUCCUUACCACACCAAAAAGAAAAACGAACGAGAACGAAGAAGAAGAAGAAGAAGAAGAAGAUGUUAAAAACCACUGACAGCUAAUACAGAGAACCAUAAGGCUUAUUGUGUAAUCGGAAGUGUUGCAAGGUUGAUGCCGGGAACGAUCACCAAUGAGACAUUAUGCGCCGAAGAAGCAAAGGAAAGCCGAGAUAUCGGUUAAUCAUGGAAGUGAAACACGUUUAAAGAGAAUCGUAGACGAAACACGUUUUGAGAACAUAACGUUUCACCUCAUCCACGCAUUUGCUGCACUCCUCGAGUGAAGAGAAAACGGAGGAGAAGGAGAAAGGUAACAAUACCGAACACCGUAGAACUCCGAAACAAGCUCUUAACACUGUGCUUUACCGAAGGGGCGAAGGAAAACGUUCACAAUUUGAUGCAGGCUCUAGUAGAACAUAGUAGAUAUAAUAAGAAACGCCCCUCUUCUACUUCUAAAAAACCGAAUCGGUAUGAUGCGAGCAGAGAAAUCGUUAAACACACACACUAUUUUAUUAAAAAAAAUCAGUAAAAAAUGAAUCACAUCCUUCGCUUUCACCCGUCACACCACCAUUCACCAUUUUCUCGCACUCUUGAUCGAUAUAAUAGGUGUGUACGUGCAAAAAGGGCCAAACCCUUACAGCGUUUGUGUAAAGUCCAGUACAGAGGCCUAGAACAAAAAAAACGAACUCCUGAGCACUCCAAAGCAUUCGAGUAAGAAUCAACAAAAAAAAGUACCAUUUACCAUCUCUCUCCAUUAUGGGUCUUUCAACUUCUUCAUCUUACCGUACCCUUUCCCCUUAGCCCCAUCUAAAUACCCUCUACCCUCUGCGCCUCUCUCGAUCGAACACGAAACAGAGAGAAACACACACACACAUAAACGAUGAAAUCGAUAGCUUUACAUCCGUUGUCCUUCAUAGCAGUAGCGUUUCGGAAGCUGCAGCUGCUGCUACCUGCUACUACUACCACUACUACUGCUAUCAAUACUCUCUACAAAAAAAAACUGUAACUACUACUCUAUGGAACUUUUACUACUAUUUCAACUAUACUUAGAUAAUUGAAGAAAAGCGAUUGAAAAAUGAAUGAUAACGAAGAAUGGAUGGGAACAUGCUUUAAUAACACUUAGUGACGAGAGAAGACUAUAUGCUUUAAUUUCCAUCCGUCGGUGAACAGGGAAAACGAUUUGUGUUUUUCUUUUGACUUUUCUCUCUCUCUCUCUCUCUCUCUCUCUCUCUCUCUCUCUCUCUCUCUCUCUGACUCUCUCUCUUUCUUGCAUGUUCCUUUCUUCAUCUUCUCUUCUUUUGAUUUAAUUAGCUAGCAACUGUUAGUAGCAGAGGCCUUUCCUUCCUUUUUUCCUAUAGUCGUCGUAACUGCUAUCGUAGAAGAAGGGGCGCGCGAAUUUAAACGAACCAUUUCAACAACCCUUUUCACGCCACCGUUCCUGCACAUAAAACACACACUCUCUUCUUCUGUAAACUCAUCUCCAUCUUUUCUCAUUCGUGUAUUAUAUUUCUAUAUAAUAACAAAGAAGAAAAUAAAGGUAAAAGAACAAUUCACGUAGAACACGAUUAAGCUCUGCUGGUAGUGUGAAACGCAUUUUAAAAGAGAAAACAACAUGAAAUUCGAAGCUCGUGGGCCCCUCCUCGAACACGUACCGGCAAAGGGGUUCCAGUAUUUCAGUGCAAAAGCGGUAAGAAACGGUUGCAAAUAAUACAUACCUAAUGUAAAAGGGGGAACUGUGCUGAUGAUAAACCAAUGAAAGUAGUAACACAGGAGCAACCAAACUAUCACACUAAAAACACAUGAAUCAAUCGAUAACGCAAGUAUUUUGUACCUUGUUCCGUUGGCCGAGCCGAUUUGGGGACGAAUCGGUUUUGCCAGUUUCGUGUAACAUUUGAACGAUCGCCCGAUGAAUGGCAGCCGAGUGUCGUUCGUUGCGCGCUGGAGGUUCAUUAGUUUGCAUCGAGUAUUAGCAAUAGCGCGCCACCGGAGGGCCGGCGGAGGUUUAACGUUGCUGCAUGCUUUUGCACACUCACACUGUACAUAUUGUAAGAUAAAAAGAUCAGAAGAAGAAAAAAAAAUAACAGAAACAAAGUAACAGAUAAAAGGGAAUAUUGAUGGUGGCGAUGGAAAAAGCAAAACUAAGCAGCGAGAAGAGAAUGUAGAACGCGGGCAUAAGCGCGGGCAAAUAAUUUAGAAAAUUAUAAUAAAUAAAACCAGAAUACAGAAGAAAAAAGGGCAAAAGGGGGGAUUGGUGAAAAGGAGAAGCGAGAAACUAUUCGAGUAAUAAACGCUAAAGCCCAAGAGCACUCCGUAGAAAUGUAAUAGGCAUAUUAAUUGGAACGCGGUAAUAGUAAACGGACAAGGACAAACCGGAGAGGGGGCAGACUUAAAAUAUCUCGCCAAUACCCAAAAUAUUGCAGCAAAACGCAGAACAUCUCUCUAGCAUUAUGAAAUGGCAUUAAAAAAAACGGCACACGCUAGUGAGUUUUAGUAGUGUAUGCAAAUGAGCGUAUUUUUCUUUAACUCUAUCUUACGGGGUUCGUUUUUUUACUGUGAACACAGCCAGCCAGACAUACUUACACUUACUUAUUUUUCCUCUCAAUGUGCGUUAUUGGUUUACCUGUUAGCUAUGUAAAAAUAACACACACAAGGGAUUUUUAUCUUUCCUCGUUUCCGUAGCGCAGGUAGUGCACCGUAUAGUAGAAUAGUAGUUUAGUGCAAAAAUGAUGUAGUUUCCUUAUUAAGAAAAAAGGCAAUAUUCUCACAACCUCUUUUCACUCGAAACAUGAACACGAACACCACGAAUUAUUAAACGAAAGACACAAAAUUCAAUGCUUAAGUGCAGUAACAAUCGGGGCAAAACAAAAUAAGACACUGUAACUGUAUAAACCUUGAGGCACACUUGUACGACAGCGUACAAUGAGACAAGUGCAACUGCAAUCGAUAAAAGUGAAUUUAUUUUUCUAAAGAAAGAUAACUAUUCGAAAAAAAAAAUUAGACAAAGCAUAAAGGUAAUGAAUACUUCAAGCAGAAUUAAGAAAUCUCACUAAGAUUGAUCUGAAAAGUGUUUCGUUUUUCAUCGUAUUGAUUUAAAUAUCUAGUCUAUUGUGUUGUUCCUACCAAAUCAUUGUGCGCUGUGGUUGAAUUUUGUUUCCAUUAUUCCUUUGUGCUUUAAAAGGCAUUGAAUUAGCUUUUAGUAACUAAUUAGCGAUCAACCAAAAGCAACCCCUCCAACAAAAACGGCAAUCCAACGAUUCCACACCAACUCUCCUUCUCCUGCCGCAUCCUCUCCUUUCCCACAAGCAAAUCGGGUGUGUGGAAUGGUGGGAGUGUUAAAAAAAAAAGAUCGGCAAGAAUUUGUUUACUAGUGUCGCCGCCUUAUCGAAUGAGUAAGUUUGAAGAAGAUUAAAUUUGUAAUGUACACUUCACAGAAACACACUUAAUUGCUAAGAGCAGAGAGAAAAAGAGAGACAACCCCUAGAGUAAAAAUGCUAAAAAUUACGAAGCAAAACACGCAAAUUGCAUCUCGCGUACCGCCGCUGUAAGUAGAAAAAUAAAAACACGCGAAACCACACGAGUCAUUAUUAUAGGACGAAAGAAGCGGAGGAUGUAAACAGAUGAGGACUAUGGUGGAGAAAAAUUGAAAAGAAAAAAACAAAACGCCCACAAAUUUUCUUUUACCUUCAGUGUAGAGAUUGGAGCUGGAAAAUGAGACGCGAAAUGAUAUAUACAUAUAUAAAUAUGCAAUCCAAUAUAGCUGCAAGCUAACGUUUAAAGCAUGAAAGUUAGCACAACAAAGAAGAGUUGCACGAGCGCGAGAAAGAGCGGUGAAGAAAGCGUUUCGACUUGUUCAAGUGACGAAGGGGUUUAAGCCAACCUCCCCGCUAAACAAGUUUAGCGCAAUUAUCAAAAAUGGAAGAAGAACAAGUAAACCCAAGAAGCUAAUGAAGACUUCGUGUUCAUAGCCUUUCGUAUUGCAAUAAUAGUAGUUGAUGGGAUAAAAGUGUGUAUUGAAAUUUUACGCGUUACGUUUCGUUUCCGUUUGCCAUCUUUCCUGCGCGAGAGGAUCAUUGGAUUCUGCGUUGGACGAGCGCUAAGGUUCUCUUUUUUUAAUAAUUCUAAUCCUAUUGUCCUAGAUUAGUCUACUAUGGCAGUCGAACUUUCAGCAACCGUUUUCCUGUUGAGAUCACUCAAUCUGUGAUCUGUUGAGUUAUGCAUUAAGCGAGCAAAAUUAAUUCGUCCCAGCCAGUUUCUCCCUUUGGCCCCAUUUUAUUGUAUCGGAAGCGAUGGCGAAGGGAAAACAAAGAAGAAGAGGAAAAUAUAUCACCAAAUUGUGUGAAAUAUGCGCAACGUACGAUCACAGAACUGUAGAUAUCUUAAAUAAAAUACUUGCAAAAUACGCAUUAUUAUGCAUUAAACCGGAAAACAGAACAGAGAACAGGCAAAGAACAAAAUCGGCCGACCGGUCAGCGGGCGACGGUGAAAUGGAAGCGCGCCAGUCAUAUUGAACUAAAUACAAAAAGGUUUGAGAGAAUGGAACAGUGAAAACAAAAACCCACAGAAAGGACACACAUAAAACAGUCAAACACUCAUACAGUACAGUCAGAUAAGAAAACAAAAUCAAUCGAGUCAGAUGGUUCACAUUAACGAUCAACUAAAAAUAGCACAUAAACGUUUUUAAACCCCACAAAAAGCCACAAACGAAGCUAAACGAGAGUUAGAAGCAAACAUUCUCAACAACCACAACACCGUGUACGAUCGCGUUUUUAGUUUUCAGGCUUCCUUUUUGAUUGAUGAUCGUUGUUGAUCCGUUUCGUCGCAUCUCUUAGUGUGCAAUAAAGCCGUGUGUUCAAAAUGCGAUAUAUAAAAAGAAAUAAUUGCAAAUCAUAACUAUUUCAACGUCGUUUCACUCGGUACGGAUUCUCAGUGUUCCUUAUUUAUUCAUUCUAUGCACAACGUGCGUGUGUGUGUGCGUUCUUGUGGGUGUGUAGUAGUAGGACCUUGUCGAUCACUACUAAACGAACCAGAUUAAUUUCUGUUCUUCUGUAGAUAUGUUUGAUGCAUCAAACAAGGAGAAAAAAUAACAUUGAAAAGAACAAAAAUUGCAAACAUACACCGCACGGUGUAAGAGGGGGGAAAACAUGCGCGUUUUGAAGAACGAAACCUUACUUCACCACAUUCAGACAAUUUUGAUAUCACGUUUUUCAUGCACAUCACGGAAACAAUAACCUUUAAAAAAAAAGAAAGUUAUUCCACUACAUUUGUGUGCACCAUUGUUGAAAAGUUGAAAAGAAAUGCAUUUUCAGCUCUCCUUUUGACUCUUUCUCUCCCUCCUUCACCCUCACCACCACCACCACCAUCAUCAUACUCUUAAUGUGGUCAAACACCAAGGAAAAUGUGGUGCAAAUCAGCUAUAAACAAUUUCCCAAUUUAGCACACACACACACACACACACACACACAAACACACAGACUAAUCGUGUAUUAAAGGCUAACAACGUAUUACUACUACAACACCUCCCCGUAAGCAAAUCGCGACUUUUGAAAAGACUACACUUAAGGCAAAGAAAAAGAAACAAAGCUCGGAUAAAUUGCAUUCUAAACAAGAACGAAGCGAACGAAAUAUGUAUAAGAAUGUGAAAACAACAUAUGAGAAAAAGAAGAAAAACGGAAAGUAACCAAAAAAUACCCCAAUGUUCCUUUUAAAACAAAACCGACAUGAUGAUGCAAAACAGAUACAACCAAUACAGGAGAACAAGAACAGGAACCAGGCCGUUGACAGCCAAUUGAUAAAGUAUUGAUUUUGCAAUACUUUUCUUAUCACACACGAUACUACUUUUACCGAACCUCCCUCCCCCCUCUCAACCCACUGGGACUGAGCGGUGUGUGUGUUAUUUGGUUGAUUUUUUUCGUCGAUUGUUCGAUCGAGUGAUCGAUUGCUCGCGUGUCUCCGUACAUGUUCAUGUUCGAUCUGCACCAUCACGGGGGAAGAAUUUUCCUUUUGAAAACACGUUUCAAACUCAUAAGCAUAUGUUUCGUUGGGUGUGUGUGUGUGUAUAUUGGUUUGGGAAGGAGAAACAAAACUCGGAUAAAGCACACACACACUGCACUGCACUGCGCUGCUCGUUACCAAAAACCGAUAUUGCGUUUCCCGGUAGUGCGUUGAAUUAUUAGUCGUAUGUUUACUUGUUGCAACAUGGAGGUCGUCCUUGUACACACAUGCACAGCAGCAGGCUCGUAGUUUGUGUUGCCUCCAAUCUAAGCGCGUUAUUAUUCUAAUUAUAAAGAUAGACCUCUGAUGCUUUAAUCCCGUCACCCGACAGCGCCCGACAACGUUGUACCGCGGGGUUGAUGUGUGCGAAUGUAUUGCACUAUUUAUUUAUUCACUAACCUCAUUGUUGAUUACCACUUAAGCUAUUUAACAAACAAACAAACAAACUAGAAACCAAAACUAUGAUGAGCGUAUGGUUAGGACGAGAGGAAGAAAUAAACCACAAAACAGAUUUAAAAUUAUUGAAAAUGAUCGAGUUCAGGCGUUCUCUUUGUAGAGGUGUAUACGGUUUACGUUUGCAGUAGACAUAUUUCGUUUUGGUUUUAAUUUCGUUCGAGUUGUGUUUGCUACUGUCAUCUAGGUACAGGUUCAAGCCAAUAAAUUAACGAAGCAAAAAAAAAACCCACUCAGCCAUUAAAGCAAAACCGUAAACGGAUUGAUUGGUGCGUGCGCGUGGGUUUGGAAAUAUUUGUGAUGACCGGGUAGAAUUGUAAUACCGAUUUGUAAAUCACGAAACAACACUCUCUCAUAAGAUGAAUUGCCAUUAAAUUACCCACCAUCCUUCUUGAAACCUUCGUCACAACUGCUGCUCUCUACAGCGCAUAAGCACACACCAAAAACAAACAAAACAAAGUAAAAGAAGACAAAAAAACAUUAGGCAUUAAAAUGUAAAAGUUAUACAACAGCAAGCAACCGAAAACUGAAAACAAAA